GACGUACAUUCACAGAGAAUGGUUGAACGUACUCGAAAGCCAAAGUGACAGUAAAGAUUCGUCCCACCCAAUCAUCCGCCAGUUAAAGUAACAGCGCACAGGUCACAAUUGUUUGUCCUGAGCCAUGCGACAACAGCACCUGUCUCCGAUCAAGCAUUCACUUUCACCAUACAUACACACUAGCAAUGCGCAUUUUUAUAACUGCAAGCAUUGAAUUAUUAUGGCAAUACUGAGUCUUGUACACAAAACUGCCUUAUGAAGUGCGAACGAUGAGCAUUUUAGUGGAGUCGAAUGACGUGGUAAAAAACACUUUACAAUUGUGGAGACUGGGAGGAUGUCGUAAGUCGUUCUGAUUGAAAAGGUGAUUGUGUAAGUCAACAUAUUGCUUCAUGUGAGGCAAACGGGACUACGCACUUCCAAACAGGUUUAUUGAUAACAGAAUAGGUCAUAUUCGAAAGAGAAUGGGACAUAUUUGACGCCGACACAUAUAUAUUUGUUGAGAUAGAAAUCUGUGCGUAUCAUCAACGGAAUCGAAGUGAUGUCUGCUUCAGAAAUUUGCUGGCGAUCGUUGCACUUACAGCUGCUAAUUUGGCUUAACUAGAAAACAUGCACAUACUGUGAAGUCAAUGUUUAUUUGAUAACCUUACGAUAAAUAUCGAUUGAGAAGAAACAUUAGCCAAACAGUGUCAGUAUUACUGUGAGUUCUUGUUCAACACGAAGAAGGAUUCGAAAAAUGAUGUUUAAAACUAUGAAGUUGGCAGUUGGCGUGUAUAACUUGUUGGCAGACUUAUAAAAAUUGUCUUUAAUAAUACAAGAUGUGGAAAUUGAUGAUGAAAGUGAAAUUUAUAAUUUGUUUAGUAUCAAAGUGAAUUUCCGGGGGAGCAUUGCACGUAGCGCAAGCAAGCAAUUGACUGGCAAGAAUUUCGUCUUAACUUGUUGUGGGAUCUUUUGUCAGACAACGGGUCUUCAGCUGCAAUCGAGUUAUUGGAUGUGAAAUGAUACAAGCCUGCAACACAGAGUCACGCGUUUAACAACUCUAGAUGCCUGAUCCAUGCUUCCCUGGAUCUUGGGCGCCUGUGCCUCUUUCUUACUUUACGGCAGCUGUAUCUGUGAUUCUAGCUAUCAUUACGACGGUCGGUAACUCCCUUAUCAUAGUUGCGACAAUCAAAGACCCGCACGGUAAGCUUCGUAACUCGUUCGCAUUCUUUCUCGCAAAUAUGGCGCUCAGUGAUUUGAUCGUCGGAUUGAUAGCAAUGCCAGUGUCAGUGAUGUUUCACUACCUCGAAGCGAAACGCUUGAUAAACAUGACCUAUGUUUACAUUGUACACAUGACCUACUUCAUCUCACUAUCGGCCAGUCUCUUCAGCAUGGCUGCCUUGUGUUUUGAUCGCUAUUACGCGUUUAUCUCGCUAUCUACAGCAGGACGCCAAAUUACGAGGCGUCGAUGUAUUAUCAUUUCCAUCGCAGUAUGGGUUUUCGCAAUAGCGUUUACGGGAUUCUAUUUCAUUUUCGGAUACGUAACUCUCGUAACUAUAUACAUACACCUAUCCUUUGUCUGUAUUUUUGGCAUAACCUUACUUACGUACUUGAAAAUAAUGCGAAACAUGAAAAAGACUUCAGAAAUCAUUAAUAAAAAGAGAUUGCUAGAUAUACUACCCAAUGUUCCGCUAAAUAUACGGAAUAUAGAAGAAAUGACUGCGAAGGGAGAAAACGGUAAGCAAAAAGGAAAGAAACUGUCCCAAAAUCUGCCUAAAGAGAAGAGUGUCUCAGAUGCUAGAGGAAAUAUCACAGACCCGAGUAAGAAAAUGGGAGCCCUGAUAGAACAAGAUAAGAAGAAUGUAAGCAGGAAGAUUGAAAAUCUUAAGAAAGCAAAUUUAAAUAACAAACAGGACAAUCAAGAAGAAAAAUAUACAAAAGUAGACGAAUCAGAAGUUAGAAAUCUUAAAAUAAAAGACAUUAAUAAGAGCAAGGAACGGCAAAGAAAAAAAACGGCGAAGUCUUGGAGUGACACAGUUAAACAAAGUAAGAUAGUAAUGCGAGAGAGAAGAUUGACAAGCGUCUUUCUGACGAUGCUGGUCACAUUUUUAAGCAGUUAUUUCCCCGCUCUUGUCUCAGCUUAUUUUCUACAGCUAUGCCUUUCAUGUAGUUGCGAUACGAGGCAUGUAUUCCGGGACAUCGCAUUCUUGAUGCUGCCAACCGGAAGUGCGCUUAAUGCCGUUAUAUGCAUACUCAAGAUGUCAAGUAUCAGAGAGGCCGUAAAAAUAAUCUUCCGCCUUAAGAGGUCUUACUUCUAUUCCUUCAACAGUUCACAGGCCUGGCAAGAAUCCAAACUACGGUCACCGAUAUGGUAUAGAAAUUCUCCCAGAGACCGCCAGCAACCCCCACCUGCGACUUUAGAUAUACAACGACGACGCUGUAGCGAUUCCAUGAUAUUUGACAUUCAAAAAGACAAGCAGCUGACAAGUGAUCGACACGAUAGACGUCGCAAAAGUGAAUUUGGUCUCCUGGAUGUGAGCCAAAAGAAAAGCCCAUCUAGGCUUGAUAAUAGGAGCCCCAAAGACAUUUUAAAGAAGCGGAUUAGAGCGAGUACAAUAUUGAGAAACGGUGAUGCCCCUAAAGGAAUCGACUUCAAAAGCUUAAAAAGUAUGGACAUGAAUGACUUCGCCAACAUAGCAUAUACAAAACAGAAAACUGCUGCUGCUGCACUAUCUCCUAGGGAUGGUGCCGAUAAGAUGGCUAUUGGAAAUCAAAACGAAUCAUUUUCUAAACCAGCACCAAUUUCGUACCGCACUACUGAGAAAAAUGUGGCGGACAAGGCAGUAUUAGAGACUAUCGAUUUUAUUAGGGACACAGAUUCUAGCCUAAUAGAAAACUUGAGUAAUCUCAGUAGCAAAAAUUAUGAUUGUACAAGCAAUUCGAGUGCUCAAACGUGUUGUACCACUGCAACAAAAGCAUCCCUCGGUCACAGUAAUGCAGGAUUCAAAGAGGAUGGCAAUGAAAAUGACGAAUUACCUGCCUAAUCAAAAGCAUCUUCAAAAAUUGAUAUCAUAGACAAGAAUAAAAGACUAAUAUGACUCUAUGUAAAUAUGUUUGUAUUAACUUAAUAUAAUAGUAAAAUUGAGUUUGUGCAAAAUGAUAUGAAAAAAGGAUUUUCAAAAUAUCAAAAUUCUAUGUACAGAUGUUAUCUGACUAAAAUGGUAUUUGAAAAUGGAAAUGGCUCUAAGAUUGGCUGAUUCAAAAUUUAAUUGAUGCAAGAGGUCGAGAAGAAAAUAUAAAUUGAAAGAAAAAAUGUACCAUAAAUAAUAUUUAUAAAAACCAUUUAUAUUCGUAUAAUUUGAUUACAAUUUGUGUAUCUUUGGUUAGGGUAUUAUUCAUUAGAUUUAUAUUUGCCAUUCAUUUAUUGUUACGGCUUACAUGUAAAUGAAUAAACUUGAAAGCAAGAAAGAUUUUCCCACAAGGAGGGGCUCUGGGCGCUUUUCCUUUGACAAGAAUGUCACGUUCUACACGCCAAUACAAAACUCCAUUCAUACGUUAUCGAGUACUACAACAGAUAAGGUGAUCUUG